UUUAAUUAAAAUCGAAUAAAUAAAAUACACACUAGAAACCAGUGCACAUCAAUUACAGAAACCUUCACAUCAGCAAUUUUUGCGGAUGUGAAACUUCGUCAUCCGUGCAACUAGCAGGUUUCCACAUAAGAUUUCUCUCACGCCAACGACACACAUACAUGUGUACACACACCUCAGGCGGAAUCACUCUGCUGAAGAGCUAAUUCUAGAUAUUAUCACCUGAAGUAGUUGGUAGAGUUCUUGUUGUAAAGUGAUAUGUGCUGUAGUCUCGUGAGACAAUUUACCUUCGGAUAACUUGUGACUGACAGACUAAUAGAUUUUGAUGCCCUUUGGAUAUGUUGCACUAGGUGAGUGUACAAAAAAUGAAGAGGGCUUAUUCCAUGGCCCCAUUUGCGUCCCCCACACCCUCUCAAAGUGGCGAAAAGCACGAAAAAUACACUGCUUUGGCUAAAACCUUCGCCAAAAUCCAAUUUUGGUGAAGAAUGAUAAUGAUAUGAAUACGGUAAAACAAUAUCUAGGAUCACAAAAAUUAUGAAAAUUGUAUGAAAAUUGGAUUCUUAAUGAAUUUUUGAAUGGCAUGGGGUUCCUCUUUGAUGGGGUGUGGCUGGCGCAAAUGGGCCCCGGGAGUUAAACCCUCCUUCACUUUUCGUACACUCACCUACAUAGCAUCAAAAUCUGUGAGUCUGUCAGUCACAAGCUCUCCUCCUUAUGCAUUCCGUCUUGAGAAAUCAUUUUUCUUAGUCGUCCAAACAGCAAGCUUUCAAAUCGUGUUUGCACUUUGCAGUAACAUAGCUAACUUAUUGUAACUAACUUAUUUAGUUUUCGUUGAUGGAGAUUACUUAUAGUUUUUGUGAAAAAAAUAAAGACCAAACGGACACCACAAUAUUAAUCUAGUGCAAAACAUAACUUUAGGAUGCUGCCUGAUCAUUCUGUAGAAUCUCAACUUUUGACCGAGUUUAGAGAGGCAAUUGACGAUCCUCAAGUUGACGACGCUGAGCUGAGACGUUUCCUCCGGGCCAGAAAUCAUGACAUUGGAAAAGCAAUGGAGAUGCUAAGGAAGUCCUUGGAAUGGAGGAAGGCUGUCAAGUUCGAGGAAGCAACGACGUGGAAGAUUCCGCCCGAAGUUCAGCACGCAUUUCCAUAUUUCAUUGAUGGUCUGGAUAAAGACGGUCGAAUUGUUUUUUAUUUCCCUAUCGGACGUUGGGAGGUUCGGAAAAUGUUGGCAAAUGGCUACAAAACCGAGAUGGAGAAACUGAUUUAUUCUUCAAUGGCCAAUCUGCUAAAAACGAUCGACGACACGGCUCAUGAACAGUUUCUAAUUAUUAUCGAUCUUGCGGGACUCACUUAUUGGAAAGUUGCUCAUUUCGAAACUAUGCAAAUGGUGCUCCAAGUCUUCAGAGAAUAUGAACAAAAUUUUCCAGAACGCCUGGAUAAAGCUCUCGUCAUAAAUUCUCCAUGGGUUUUGAACUGCAUUUUUCCAAUGGUUAAACCUCUUUUGACUGGGACAACGUUGCAGAAGGUACAGAUUUUUGAUAGCUGUGCUGACAAAUAUUUACCAGCUAUAUUGGAUAUUAUCCCAAUCUCCGGCCUACCAUCAGGAUUCCAGGAAUACAAUCGCGAAAUUAUUCAAGCACAAAUCAUAACAACUAACUAACACGCUUUUUAAGUACUGUCCAAUAUUAUUGUUACUAUAUAUGUAGCUAAAUGUACAAUUUAAUAAACACGUUCUUUGCGUCUAAUUAAAAUAUUAAAAUGCUGCAA